UCACAACACACAUUAAACAACAACACUGGAGAGUGAACAGCUGACUUUGAAUAAAACACCUUACAGCUACAGUAUUCAUAUUGCUUUUUCAGGGAAUGUUUGUUGUGGGUUUAGAAGUUCAGCAUGGAGACUGCAGAUUGCUGGUUUUAUAAAACACCACCAAGAUAUCCAGAAUCAGAGAGAACAUUUCACUCGCCUGAGCUGAGAAUUGUGCUGUUGGGUGUUUCUGGUGUUGGAAAGAGUGCAACAGGAAAUUUAAUACUGGGCAGAAAGGCUUUUAAAGAGACCAGAACCAGAGUGAGCGAGAUACAGAGAGGAAGAGUAGAGGACAGAAUCAUCUCAGUCAUUGACACUCCGGGAUUCUUCACCACUGAACUGACCGAUGAAGAGCUGCAUCAUGAAAUGAUAAGGAGUGUUUCUCUCUGUCACCCUGGACCUCACGAGUUCCUGCUGAUGAUCAAUCUGGAGAACAUGAAAGAGGGCGAGAGGAUCCUUGUGGAACAAAUUGAGGAGAACUUUGGACCACAGGCUUUUAAGUUCACCCUUCUUCUGUUAAUUGGAAGAGAACAAAUGUCCAACAAAGAAUGGAUGGUGUUUAUGCUUAGUACAAAAUUUCAGGAGCUAGUCAGACACUGCAGGGAUAAAUAUCACGCAAUCGACAGUAUAAAUGAAAUCAACGCAACUCACAUCUCAAAGCUUCUACAGAAGAUUGACGACAUCGUCAAACAGAAUUGUGACCAGCAUUACAACACUGACAUUCACUUAAAGUCCCCAACAAAGAUUAAAAAGGUAAUGCAAAAACUGGAAGAAAAAAAGGAGGACACAAGAAAACACACACAGAGAGACAAAAGAAGUAAAACUGUGUGGAAGACGUUUAAAAGUGUAAUACAGGAACGCAUAACACAUACUUUCAUCGAACCAGAAAAGGAAACUCUUAUUUCUCAUGUGAGAAAAACAAAGAAAACUCACGAAGAUGAAGAAUGGGUUUUUCAGGAAUGUGAGAAUGUUAAAGUGGGUGAUAAUGGAUCAUUAGUGAGAUCAGUGAAAUUCUCAUAUGAACAAAUGGAAGAAGUAAAUGAGAUCCAAAAACAAACAGAAAGCUGGAAAAUAAGCAGUAUAGGAAAAUGCGACCUGGGAAACACCCAAGCAGAUCUCAGAAUUGUGAUGGUGGGGAAAACUGGAGCUGGAAAGAGCGCGACAGGAAACACCAUCCUGGGACAAAAAGCUUUUAAAGAAGAAUUUUGUUCUGAAUCUGUGACUGGAAAAUGCCAACAGUAUCAGCGGCGGGUAGAAGGUCGAAUCAUAUCAGUGAUUGACACUCCAGGGGUGUGUGACACGUCAAUGAGUGAACGAGACUUGAAGGUCGAAGUAGUGAGAUGUGUAGAAAUGUCUCUUCCUGGUCCUCAUGCGUUUCUACUGGUCAUCCGAUUGGAUGUGAGAUUCACAGCUGAGGAGCAAUACACAGUGAAAUGGAUUCAGGAGAACUUUGGAGAAGAUGCUUUACAUUACACCAUCAUUCUUUUCACUAGAGGGGAUCAGUUGAAAACAUCUAUAGAGGAGUUUCUGACAACAAACAAGCAGAUGAAUGAGCUAACCAAACAGUGUAAAGCUGGUUAUCAGGUUUUUGAUAACACGAUUGAAGAUCAAGCACAGGUUAGAGAGCUGUUAUGGAAGGUAGACACACUGGUGAAGGACAACGGGGGAGAGCAUUACACAAAUCAGAUGUACCGGGAAGCUCAAAGGAAAAUCUGGGAAGAAGAAGAGAGUCAGAGAAAGGAGGACAGGAGAUUAAGGCAAGAAGAGGAGACCAGUAUAAGGAAGGAUGAACAAAAGAGACUUGUAAAGACUGCUAAAAUGGGAGCGUUGGUGGGAGCAGGAGUGGGAGGAGUGAUUGGAGGUGUAGCACUGGCAGCGGGAACUGGAUUGGCUCUACCUGCUGCUCUAAUCACAGGAGGUGCAACCCUUGCAGGAGGAGCGGGUGCAAAACUGAUCGCAGACACAAUUAACAGGAAGCAGAGUAAAACAGCAGCAAACAAGGAAAGUUAGUUAUAGCAAUAUUUGAUCAUUUUGCACGGUUUAAUGCAGGAAUACAGGUACAGUAUAUCACACAGAACAGGUGAUGAAAUCUAAAGCAGCUUAGUUUUAUUCCUGCUCUACUUGUGGUUAGUAAAAAGGUAUAAGGAUCUAGACUAGAGGAUAUCCUUAAUAAUAAUAAUGGUUACAGUACGUGUACAAACAUGGACUUAUAGUGUACUCACAGUGUAUUUAUCUAAGAAAGUUCUGGUAAUACAAGGUAACUACAUGGGGUAGGGUUAGGAUUAGGGUUAGGUUCAGGGUUAUUCCUAGUUAUUACAUAGUUAUUGUAAUUACUAUAAUAAGUACAUAGUAUGUACAUGAGGAACAAGACUGUAAAAUAAAGUGCUACCAAAAUAAUAAUUCAAAUUUAGUAAAUCACUGAUGUUAACUGUAGGGAAGAGUUCUCAAUUCUGUAUAAGCUUAACUCUGUGCACCUUUUUAAAAUAAAGGUUCCAAAAGGUUCAUUGUAUUGCAAUAGAAGAACAAUUUUGGGUUUCCCCAAAUAAUCUUUCUGUUAACUGUUCUUAAAAUAUAUAUUUUUUUAUACUUAUAAUAAUGUUUGGACUGGAAAGGUUCCAUGGAUGGUAAAGGUUAUUCAUAGAACCAUUGAUGCUAAUAUGUGUGUGAACCAUCAUAGCCAGCAUGAACUUCUUGCCCAGUAAUGUUCCAGUAAUGUUUCAAUGGAUCAAAUCAAAGUCAUUGAGCCUGGGACAAAGCCUGCCUGGUCCCAUAGAUCUCUUUCUAUGACAUUCCUUGGGCAGCUGUGAUUGGAUUGACCUUAUUCAUAAAACAAUAUUAUUAAUAAUUAAAAAAAAAAACAAUACGAUGAAAAAACAAGGAAUAAAGAUGAUUUAAACAGAGGAUAAUAUCAACAGAUAGUUGCAUUCAUUCAAUAGUAGUGUUAUCACAACGGGUUGUGUAAAUUUUGU